GCGAUCUUUUAUGAGCUGUCUGGUUGCUUUUGCUUGCAACAUUUUAGACCUCGCCGGCGGUAUAUAACAUUAUUAGCAUUUUUAUGUGGUUGGUUACAUGUACACUAUCAUUGACCUGGGAAAACAGAUGCAAGCGAGGCUCUCUAGCCUGGUGUGCCAUAGGCCCAUAGAAAGCGGGUGACUUUAAACUCGUUCUUUUAUUAUAUAUCUUUUAGUUAAGAUAUUUAAUUAUCAAACUGAUUUUGCUUUUAUGUUUUUAACAUGGUAGGAACAAAACUUGAUCACACUUGUUAUAUAAAUUUAAAUAUUAAUUUUAUUUAUAUCACUUUUAUAUACUCAUAAAUGCAGCCAAACAUAAAUUAUAUCUGAUUUGUAGAAGCUCCAACAAGUCAAUAACCCACCAAAGAAAGGCUCUUGCUGUCAGUAUUGCACAUGCUGGACCUGCCUAAAAGGAGCCUGCCUCCUCAAAUAUACAAGCCACGGUGGCCAGGCUCCGAGAAAAGGAAAUCAAACAGCCCCUAUAAAAAAAAGCCUGGCUCCCUCCCAGCUCUCCUCUGCCUUAUGCUCCCCAGUCCCCACCUAACCCAAACCGAACCGGCCCUUCGCACUUCCGCAGAACGAGCACUCGUGGACCAAAUAUUUGGCACAAGUUAGCUUUGCCUGUUUCUUGCGUGUAGAUCCCUCAAGGUUUCUCCGCCGCGCGCCCGUGCCCUUCGCCGGAGCUUGCCAUAUGAAUGGUCAAACCCCGAUGGGGCUCGCCGCCGUAGCAGUGAGGCCGUGCUGCAGCCGCCUCAUCUCGUCCGCCUCCGCCGCCGCGGCGUCAAAGACGGCGGCGGGCACCGCGACCUCGCUCUUCCCCAGAUUGCCCCACCCGCACCACCCCCCGUACGGCCGGCGCCUCCCCUUCCUCGUCUCCGCGGCGUCGCAGUCGCAGGCCGGCCCGGGCACUCCUCCCACCCCUGUACCAGCCCCCGUCCCCUCCGACCCCCGCGCUGCCGUUUCCGGCAACCUUCCUUUCUUCGACCGCGUCCUCUUUCCCGACUCGUUCCCGCUUGAGACCCCGCCCUCCAAGGAGGAGGAGGACGCGGCAGCGCUGCAGACCGAUGAGGCCGUGGCGCCGGCCGUCCCCUUGAGGGAGGAGACGGAGACAGAGAGGGAGGCGUGGAGGCUGCUGCGGAGGGCGGUCGUCAGCUACUGCGGCGAGCCCGUGGGGACGGUGGCGGCGGAGGACCCCGAGUGCACGGAGAUGCUCAACUACGACCAGGUCUUCAUCAGGGACUUCGUGCCCUCCGCGCUCGCCUUCCUCAUGCGCGGCGAGACCGAGAUCGUCCGCAACUUCCUCCUCCACACCCUCCAGCUUCAGAGCUGGGAGAAAACUGUUGAUUGUUACAGCCCUGGGCAAGGAUUGAUGCCAGCUAGCUUCAAGAUUAGGACCGUACCACUUGAUGAGAACAAUGAAGGAUUUGAGGAGGUCUUGGACCCUGACUUUGGCGAGGCAGCCAUUGGCCGUGUAGCUCCUGUGGAUUCUGGACUGUGGUGGAUUAUUUUGUUGAGGGCUUACUGCAAGAUAACAGGCGACAAUGCUUUGCUAGAAAGAGUUGAUGUGCAGACAGGAAUUCAAUUGAUACUGAGUUUGUGUUUGGCUGAUGGGUUUGACAUGUUCCCAACAUUACUAGUUACAGAUGGAUCAUGCAUGAUAGACAGGAGGAUGGGAAUACAUGGGCAUCCUCUUGAAAUCCAAGCUUUGUUCUACUCCGCUCUACGAUGUUCACGAGAAAUGCUUGUUGUGAACAAUGGAUCGAAAAAUCUCAUCCGUGCCAUUAACAACAGGCUCAGUGCGUUGUCCUUUCACAUAAGAGAAUAUUACUGGGUUGACAUGAAGAAGAUAAAUGAGAUAUACAGAUACAAGACAGAAGAAUACUCCCAUGACGCCACUAACAAAUUCAACAUUUACCCUGAGCAAAUCCCUUCCUGGCUUGUUGACUGGAUUCCUGAGAAAGGAGGUUACCUUAUAGGGAAUCUGCAGCCAGCUCACAUGGAUUUUAGGUUCUUCUCUCUUGGCAACCUUUGGGCCAUAGCUUCGUCUCUAACUACUCCAAAACAAGCUGAGGGAAUUCUUAGCCUUAUUGAAGAAAAAUGGGAUGAUCUUGUAGCAAACAUGCCCCUGAAGAUAUGCUUCCCUGCAAUGGAAGAUGAUGAAUGGCGCAUUAUUACUGGCAGUGAUCCUAAAAAUACCCCAUGGUCAUAUCAUAAUGGUGGAUCUUGGCCAACCUUAUUGUGGCAGUUCACAUUGGCCUGCAUAAAAAUGGGCAGACCAGAAUUGGCCCGGAGAGCCAUUGCUGUGGCCGAGGAGAGACUCUCAGAUGACAAGUGGCCAGAAUACUAUGACACCCGGUCUGGGAGGUUCGUAGGGAAGCAAUCCCGAUCUUAUCAGACAUGGACUAUUGCUGGUUUCCUGACCUCAAAAAUGUUGCUGGAGAACCCCGAGCUGGCUUCUAUUCUUACCUGCGAUGAGGACCUUGAGCUUCUCCAAGGCUGUGCUUGCUGCCUGUCCAAGAAGAGGACCAGGUGCUCACGCCGGGUGGCCAAGCCACAUGCUGGGGUGAAGCUGUGAAGCUCAUGUUGUUCUUUCUACUGCAGACGCACAAUGGAUACUACAGAUGGAGAAUUAACUAAGGCACAGACUCCUCAGCUGUACAUUAGUAUAGGUUUAUAUUAGAUACCCAUCCAUUCAUUUCCUCGGUGUCUGCUCAUUGGUUUUUUUUGCUGAGCUACCACUGAUGGGAACUACCCUGGGUGAUACCGGUGGUUGAAAGAAGAGAGCAAAAACAUAUUCGAAGUUUGUGCUCUCAUGUACACAGAAAAAAGUACCUGCUAUUAUUUGAGCUGUUUGGGAGCGCUGUUGCAGCCCUAACCAUUGUAUGUCUUGUUCGUACUUCGUGCAAACCAAACUCUGACACUAUCAUGUUCUUUUCAUAUUAUGGUUACACCUUUGUUGUAUUGGAUUAUGCUUGGAUUUGCCAUA